AUGGGAAUCACCUGCACUGCAUUACCAGCCACACCCGUGCGUAUAGUUGGAGCAGAUGGAAGGACAAUCACCACGUAUGCCUUGCUUGAUACCGGCAGUGAAGCAACCUUUAUCGCUAGAUCGUUAGUCGACAAGCUGGCUUUGAAAACUGAGAACUAUGAGACUCUAGAAUUAUGCACUAUGUCAGGGGUCACCACCGAGACAGUUGGGAACGUUAGCUUUUCCGUGGAGCCAGCCAAAGGAGGAAACGGAGUGACGGUGCAAAACGCCAAGGUCGUCACAAGCUUGAAUAUCACUGCGACCCGACCUAUCGAUCUCAGUAGGUGGCCACACCUGGACGGAAUCAACACAGCUUUAACAGCAGAUUCAGACAUCGCUGAGAUAAAGGUGCUGAUUGGGGUGCACGUGCCACAAGUCUACAUACAGGAGGAAGUCCGUGUAGGAGGACUCGGGGAACCUUACGCUAUCAAGACUUUGUUAGGCUGGUCCAUACUGGGGCCGCUGAAAACCAAGCAGCAAGCUGAGAGCUUGAACGUCAACUUCCUCCAGUUCAAGGACCAGGAUUCGUGUUCCAUGGAGGACCAGAUGCGGCAGUACGUUGGCAUUGAGGAGUCCGCCAUCAUCGGCAUAAAGAAGGGGAUGUCGCCCGAAGAUAGACGAGUCCAAACGAUGUUUGAGAAAAGCACCACCCUCAAUGAUGGCAGGUAUGAGGUUGGCAUGCUAUGGAAAUCACCCGACACCUGGUUACCUAGCAACCAAAAGGCUGCGGAACAUAGGAUGACGUCUCUGAGACGAAAGUUGAAGAAUAGCGCGGACUUUCACUGCAAGUACAAGUGCUUCGUAGACAAACUGUUAGACAGGGGUCACGCUCGUAAGCUGACCCAGGAGGAGAGUGAAAUGCAUGGACAGCGGACAUGGUUUCUGCCUCAUCAUAAACCGGACAAAGUACGCGUCAUCUUUGAUGCUGCUGCGAAGACAGAUGGUGUAUCUCUGAACAGCCAACUCUUACAAGGGCCGGACUAUACCAAUAGUUUAUUGGGAGUUUUGUUGAGAUUCCGGGAAUACCACAUAGCAAUUGUCGGCGAUAUUGAGGCGAUGUUCUUACAGGUCGCAGUCCCCGAUGAAGAUUCAGACUCGCUACGGUUCUUCUGGUGGCCCGAUGGAGAUUUAGACAAGCCCUUCAGCAGUACAAAAUGCUGA